AUAGUGUCUUACCACACCUAAAACUUGAAAGAGAAAUGCAACCAUCUAAAUGUAAACAACAACAAACAACGUGUUCAACAAAUUUCUCUUUACUUGAUCUCCUUUCCCUCAGGACAAGGCUUAGACUAAACUAGGAACCACUUAUCCUUUCUCAUUUCCAAAAAUCCAACCUAUUAUUUCUCCUCUUUUACCUCCUAAAUGGUCUCUUAAUUAUGGCCAUUAGUGUUAGAAAACUGUUACAUUAUUAUCAUCUAACUUCCACUACUACAAAUUAUACUAAUACUCUCCCUUGCACUGAUUUUUGUGAUCCCUCAUGUGGUGGUGAUUUCGAUGAAUGUUACACUUUUCCGGCUGAACCCGACCCUCUACCGCCUCUUCCACCACCGCUACAACCGCCACCGAUCGUGGCAACUCCGUCGUCUACCACCACUACCACCACCACCACCCAUGAUUCUCUCCACUUAUCACCCCUUUUGAUUGUAAUAAUCAUUGUUUUAGCUAGUGCAUUUCUUUUGGUCUCAUACUAUGCUAUUGUCAUUAAGUAUUGUACCUUCUGGACCCGCUUAAUAAGAAGGUCUAACUCAGAUCACUUAGUUCAACCUCAUAAUAAUAAUCAUCAUCAUCCUGAUCAUGAUAGGAUUAAUCACAUGGUCAAUAAUCCACAUGAUCAUAAUAAUCCUGUGAUUGAUCACCCCAUUUGGUUAAUCUCAACCGUUGGAUUGCAUCAAUCUGUGAUCAAUUCGAUCACGGUCAUUCGAUACAAGAAGGAGGAUGGGUUGAUUGACGGUACAGAUUGUUCUGUUUGUCUUAGUGAGUUUCAACAUGGUGAAAGUCUUAGACUUUUGCCUAAAUGUAAGCAUGCUUUUCAUAUUGAUUGUAUUGAUACUUGGCUUAGGUCACAUACCAACUGCCCAAUGUGUAGAGCAGAUAUUGUUGUUAACUCCGGUAGGCCGUCUAUGGCGUCCAACGAGCCGAGUUUCGGUCAUUCGAGGCGGGCUGAGUUCACCCCGAUGCUUGAUUCGGAUUCAAGUGAUGUUGAAUUAGGUGGUAGCCAAACAGGGAAUAAUAAUAAUAAUAAUAAUAAUAAUAGUAGUAGUAGUAAUAAUCAUAAUAAUAAUAAUAAUAAUGUUAGCUUGGUGGUUGAAAACAGGGGAGAUAUAGGAGAUUUUGAGGUGGUUGUUGAUAUUGAUCAAAGUAAAAUGGAAAAUGAUAUUAAUGAUGUAGCAUUACUUGUAAGGAGGUCUUAUUCUAUGGAUUAUAGAAAUUCUAGACCUCCAUAUUUGCAACAAAACUCGAAUUCGAACUCGAACUCCAACUCCAACUCAAACUCAAACUCGAACUCGAGCUCGGUUCCAUUGAUUGGUAGUUCUUCUUCAAGACCAUUACCACCAAGGAUUAGAGUUAUGAAAAGAUCAUAUUCAUGGAGUGAAAGGGUAUUUUGGUCAGCAAGGAAUCAGAAUGAUCGCAGUUCAGAUAUCUCACCUUGAGAGAUUUAUUAGAUGAAAUCUAUAUUUAUGAUUUUAGGCCCCCCAAAAUGGGUGGACCAAUUUUUUUUUUUUAAUCUUUUUUCCCAGAAAAGAGAAAGUUGAGAAGUGGUAAAUGUACAUAUUUGUAUAGAAAUUAACCUUGUUCAGAUGAGAUUAUAUACACCAAAAUUCGGCUUUAA